AUGGGUUUUGAACACGCGGCUGGGGGUCAAAAGGUUGUCCAUACCGACGUUCUUGUCGUCGGUUCGGGGCUAAUCGGGGCCGUGUAUGCCCGCACAAUCUCGGACGCCAUUCAAGACGUCAGGAUUUUAAUGGUUGACAUUGGCGAGCACCACAGGAAGAAUAGCGUCGCCGUCCAAAGGGAUCUAGCUCGAUUUGAAAGGUCAAUCUAUUCAGGGGGCUUGGAGCCCAUUGUCAGUGCCUUGCAGCGCAGCCUCGCAGCACCUCGAUCCGCUAAGCUGGCCCAAGAAUUCGUGAGCAAUCCCUUGCUGACCAACUCAUUUCAGGGCCAAUCAUUCACUCAUACUGUUCUUUCUUGCCGUCACAGAGACUUGCCCAACCCCAUUCACCACAACCCAGAUCAAGCCAUUCAUGAGAAUCUCCCCGCUGCCGUCGCUAUACGAGAAGUUGGCGGGAUGGGCAACUACUGGACAUGCUGCACUCCAGAACAACACCCCAUCUUGGAACGAUCAGACAUUUUCUCUGACAAGGAAUGGCAGCAGCUAUACCAUGAAGCCAGAGCUCUCUUCCACACCACUGAACAUGCCUUUGAUCACUCCAUGAGGCAAAAAAUACUCCAAAAGAAGCUUCGUCAGAGCUUCCCUAACAGAGAGUUCAAGGGAAUGCCUCUGGGCUGCCAGCCGAAUGAAUCCAACCCCGAAUAUGUCGAAUGGACCUCGACUGCUACCAUCCUUGGCGACUUGGCGCAGCCGAGCCCUGGCCAAAACAACUUUCAAGUUAAAUCGCAAUACUGCUGUACAAGACUGCACAUUGACUUUGCCCAAGGACGAGUUGUUGCUGCCGAGCUAAAGAAUUUAGUUGAAAACAGUAUUUUGCUUGUCAAGGCAAAGAAGUUUGUCAUUACUGCAGGGGCUGUUCUCAGCGCCGGCAUCUUGUUCCGCUCAGGAAUCAGACCCGACAACGGUUAUCCUGCCCUAGUAUGUUUGAUGGAUGAUCCCAGCGGUGACACGGCACGGCACGAGACGGGGGGCACUGACUCGCAGCAGGGCCAUUAUCUGACGGAGCAAAUCGUGAGCCUGUGUCAAAUCAGGCUAAACGCAGACCUCUUGCAGCCCAAUCCCGACGAUCCUGCCCACAAGAAGCACAAGAAGUCGUUCCCCAACGAUGCACUUGGCAUCCCUUUCAACGAUCCUGAUCCACAGUUGACGACCCCAAUGACGCUCGCUCGCCCAUGGCAUACUCAAAUUCACCGAGACGCCUUUGGCUACGGCUCUGUGCCGCGCGACAUUGACCAGCGCUUGAUUCUUGACCUGCGCUUCUUUACCCAUGUCGAGAUUGCCCAUCAUAACUGCGUCAAGUUUUCGGACAAGAUUUCAGAUAUUUUUGGCAUGCCUCAGCCGACCUUUCACUUUCAGCCUGGCGAGCAAGACGUGCAGCGCUCCCGGGACAUGAUGACCGACAUGGUGCGCAUCGCCACGAGCCUGGGCGGGUUCAUCCCGGGACAGGAGCCACGCUUCAUCCCGCCCGGCGCCGCGCUCCACAUCUGCGGCACGACCCGCGCGAGCCCUGUCGACGACGGAACAUCCGUCGUCGACAGGCACUCCAAGGUCUGGCGAAUUGAGAACCUCUUUGUCGGCGGCUGCGGCGUGAUUCCUACGCAGAACGCCACCAAUCCCACACUGACGGCAGCCUGCUUCGCCAUUGUCGGCGCCAGGAAGGUGGCGCAGGAGCUGAAGCAGAUGCGGCGAUUACAAACAGGGCUCGAACCUUCGAGGAUUUAG